AGAGGAGGAGCGGGAAGAGGUUCAAGAACGAUGUUGGGCUCGGGUCAUGCCGUCUUGGUCGCCUUAGUUGUCCUUUCCUCUUGCUGUGAAGCCUUCACUCCUUCGUUUGCGGGCCGGUCUUCUUGUGUACUCCGAACGGGGGCCUGCGUGCGGAGAGGAAGAGGAGUAUGGAUGUUGCAAAACUUCGAGCAAAGAACAUUGGACGGAUACGAGGACAGUGUAAAGAGACUUGCAGAGAGAUACAAGAGCUAUCUGGAGGGGAGGGACAUGCAAGGCGCCGUCGUUGAGAGCUGGAAGAUUGAGGACAGGGUCGAUCGGCUGAAGGAGCAGGGGAUCACAUUGCAGAACACGGAAGAGAAGGCAUAUCAAGCCAUCGUGAGGACGAGGAGGAGAUAUGUGUCGGCGUUCAUGGACGACGGGUCCAGCAAGGAGGAGGCUGAGAACAGGGCUGACUCGUUCCUUCGAGAUCCUGAUAGGUGUGUGGACGUUAUCUGGAAGGACGAGAAGGAGCAGAUUAAGAUCAAGGAUUCGCAGACGGAGAAGAAGUUCAAGGACGGAGUGGUUUUCUUCAACCUUGCCGUGCUCCUCCCAGUCGUCCUCCUCUACUUCUCCUCUCUGCCCAUCAAGGACAUCUUCGGAGCGGCUCAGUUCUAUGCUUCCAACAACUGCCAGGCCAUCGGCGGCAUCAAGUGCAAUGGCGUGGGAGCGCAGGGACAAAAGCUUCCGAGUCUGAUCAAGGUCCUGACGCCUCCGAAGAAGAUUGUUCGUGAGCAAAUUAAGAACGAUUAAGGAGUUGCACG